GCUUUCGACGUGGCAACAGCGGGUCUGUCUGCCAACGCACGCGCGCUUGUACUUGAACCGUUUAUAACACAGUAAAAGAGUCGAAUCUCUGCUCGGCGGAGAGACAGCACAUCGAAUAAGAAAAGUUAACUGCUUUGUCUAUAAUACAUUUACUACUGUCGGACCAUUCGUUGACUCGCAUCACUGAAAUUUCGUCGCUGCUCGCUCGGAGAGGAGAGGAAGAAGAUCGCCUGGCGCGAUUCUUUUUUUUUGUCGCUGGAAACGCGCGUGUGUGUGUGAGUGUGUGUGAGUGUAGGGCAAGAGUGAAAAAUACACACACGCAAUCACAGGGAACUACGAAAGAGUUCGACACACAAUCGUAUCGUAUCGAAUCGAAAGCGCACAACAGCUCGAUGCUUUGAACCGAAGGCCUCGGCUUUUUCCCGGGAGGGCCUACAUAAGCGAAUGGAAAUUAUUAUUAUGCCAAUAAGUGGUGGAUCGUCAUUGGUUCGUUUGCCGCAGCGAUCGUCGUCGUUGGAUCAUCGUCGACGACUAGUAGCACAACGACAAGUAGAGAGUAUCGACUCGUUAUAACACACGGUGCAGACACAUCGAAGCUUUUUUCUACCUCUUCGCAACGAACAGCAGCAAUUAUCCGUAAUAAAUAAGCUAUAUAGGCCAGAGAACGGAGUAGAGAAAAGCAGCAGCAGCAGCAGCAGCAAAGAGAAGCACAAUGUGCGGCGAGUACGGCGAACGACGAGAUAUCGAUUAUUAUCGUCGCACGAUGAAACGCAGAAGAGAUUCGUACGCGACCACUACCAGCACCGAUGCUGCUGCCGUUGGCAACGCGUGGAUAUAAUAACCGUCAUCGUCAAUUGCUAUCCGAGCUGUGUGUGUGUAGGUACAAAGCCGUCGCCUUCGCGGCCGAUACUUGAUGCAAUUGCAACGACUACUGCUGCUGCCUCGUUAACGCUCGAAGCGAUUCAAACGACAACAACAGCGACAAGAAGAAUAACCGACUCAUUUAUCAACAAGAGCCUCAACAACGCCGUGUAUCAAGACAGUGGGCUAACGCGGGUGAAGUUGGAUCGUUUUAACAAUUGGCAAAGUUAGACGAACACAGCCGGCAAACUGGAGAACCAGGGCUACAGGAUGGAGGAUACCUCCCCGAGGAUACGUCCUUAUCUGGACUGCUGGGAUAACGACGACAAGUACUCGGUGGCCAACAGCCAGGCGCCGCUGCAGGCUGGCGAGGACGAGCACCCUGAGCGCGGCACGUGGAGCGGCAAAUUCGACUUUCUCCUGUCGCUGCUCGGCUACAGCGUCGGCCUCGGCAACGUCUGGCGCUUUCCCUAUCUCUGCUACAGCAACGGCGGCGGGGCCUUCCUCAUACCGUUCACCGUCAUGCUCAUCAUCGCUGGCCUGCCGCUCAUGUUCAUGGAAUUGUCUCUCGGUCAAUACGCGAGUCUGGGUCCCGUGGCCGCGUACAAACGAUUCUGUCCGCUGCUGCGUGGGUUGGGCUACGGAAUGGUGCUCGUCAGCUCGGUCGUGAUGCUCUACUACAAUCUCAUCAUCGCGUGGACGCUCUUCUACAUGUUUGCGUCGGUGGCAGGGGGUGGCGAGCUGCCCUGGAGCAAGUGCGCCCCCGAGUGGAGCACGAGGGAGUGCUUCAUGCCCGAGGCCGCUCUGGCCUGCGCCAGUCAGAAUCUCACCUAUUACAAUCGCGAGUGUCUCAAUUCCACGCAGAUAAUGGCCCACAAUCUCACCGUGGAGUCGAUCGCGCACAUCAUGCGCAAACCGCCGGCCGAGGAGUACUUCAAUAAUCAUGUGUUGCGUCUGAGUCACGGCAUCGAGGAGACGGGCACGAUCAGCCCGAAGAUGGCCGGAUGUCUGCUGCUCGCCUGGGUCAUCGUUUUUCUCUGUCUGAGCAAGGGCGUGCAGAGCUCCGGCAAAGUCGUCUACUUCACGGCGCUGUUUCCUUACGUCGUCUUGAUCGCCCUGUUCGCGCGCGGCAUACUGCUGCCCGGCGCCGACGAGGGCAUACUGUUCUACCUGACGCCCGACUGGAAGCGGCUCGCCUACGCCAAGGUCUGGGGCGACGCCGCCGUGCAGAUAUUCUUCGCCCUGAGCCCGGCCUGGGGCGGCCUCAUCACUCUCAGCUCGUACAACAAGUUCACCAACAACUGCUACAAGGACGCGCUGAUCGUGGCGGUGAGCAACAUCGGCACCUCGUUCUUCGCCGGCCUCGUCAUCUUCUCGGUGAUCGGCUUUCUGGCGCACGAGCUCGACGUGCCGGUGGCCUCGGUCGUCGACGAGGGCGCCGGCCUGGCCUUCAUCGUCUAUCCCGAGGUCGUGUCGAGGCUGCCCGUCGCCCCGGUCUGGUCGCUGCUGUUCUUCGUCAUGCUGCUCACCCUGGGUCUGGACUCGCAGUUCGCCCUCAUGGAGACGGUCACCACGGCGAUACUCGACGGCAUACCGGCCCUCAGGAAUUUCAAAUUCUGGGUCGUGCUGGCUUGCGCCGUUUUCGGCUACGCGGGUGGACUCAUUUUUACGACGAACGCCGGCAUGUACUGGUUACAACUGAUGGACAAGUACGCGGCCAACUGGUCGGUGCUGCUGAUCGCCAUCAGCGAGUGCAUCCUCGUGGCCUGGAUCUACGGGGCGGAUCGCUUCCUGGACGACAUCCAGCAGAUGAUCGGGGUGCGCGGCCGCUGCUGGCGCAUGUUCUGGAAGUGGAUGUGGAAGGUGGUGACGCCCGCCGCGCUCUUCUUCAUUCUGUUCUUCAAUUGGGUCGAGUACGAGCCGCUGCGCUACGGCUCCUACGUCUAUCCGAGAUGGGCCGACGUCGUCGGCUGGGUCGUCGGACUGCUGCCCGUCAUCGUCAUCAUCGUUUUGGCUGUGAGUCAGUUGCGCGUCGGCAAAAGAAAUCGAUCGGACUAUCAGGAAGAGGAGGAGGACGACGACGAGUUCAGAGGGAACGGAAAUGGCCUCUGGAGAAGAGCGAGAAAAUUGCUGCAACCGACACCGGACUGGGGACCAGCGGGUCGUAAUCCACUGACACCUUCGAGAACGUUGCCCCAUACUCCGUCUCCAGUUCCCACGAUAUCCGCAGGAGCGCAGUGCGGCUACGACUCCGUAACCAACACCCUGCUGCUGGUCAACGGCGAGCCGAUAACGCUGCACCAGAGCGCCUCGUCGCAAAAGCUGCCCGGCCCGUCGAUACUGAAGAACUCGAGCAAGACCGACCUCGUCACCUCGCAACAGGUGUGACAGGAUUAUUAUUAAAAAAGGGAUCCUCGCAGGGGAAGAAGCUCGACCUCGAAAAUAAUACUGACCCUAAUAGUCCCCCUCAAUCCUCAACCCUGUUAUUCCGGAAUGCAACAAAAUAAAACCUGUGUCCGCGUGUUUCGAUGUUAAGCGAUAUAAUAACUUAUUAUAUACAUAAGAAAAAAAACAAAAUAUUUUGCCACCGAGGAAGAAGUUAAAGGGGAAAAAUUAUGUGUGUUCGUAUGUAGUACUACUAUAUUAAAAAAAAAAGUUAAUUAUUGAUAUUAAGAUGCUGAAAUUAUUCGAAUGAACUUCUUUUUAUUUUUUGUUAUUUUUAACUGUCGAUUAUUAUGGCUAAUAACUCAAUAUUUCAAAUGAGAAAAGCCAUUGAUAUUUUUUUCCAACUUGAACUAGGGUAUACUUGGGUUACAAACGAAAACACCCUCUCUAAAUAUUUUAAUUCAUGCCUUUUAUUAUCGGACGAAAAAUCAAUAUUGGAGUCUUAUUUAAUAUUCUGCUCUCUACUGUUUUCGUAAUUUUUGUUUUCUCUCCCGAAGAUGAUAAAUCUGAAAAAAAAACUUGACAAAAUUUAAUCGAUAAGAAAAUUAAUUAACGCGCGAGAUAACAAACAAAAUGAUAACAAAUAAAGUAGCCUGCCAAAUUGAGAAAAAAAAGAUGAAAAAUUAUGAAACUGGAAGGCAAAGUCAACACUUAAUUAAUAAGCAACUUGCCAGAAAAAUUACUACACAUUAUUUUGCGAUAUACUGCGCAGCAAUCACAGCGCGAGAUCAGGUUACUGGGGGAAAAUUUAUUAGACGUUCGAUUGACGCAUUCGAGUUAACAGUUAAAUUACGGGCAAACUAGUGUUCAUGAGUAUCAUAUAAGUUAUCACUUACCUAAGGUCAAUCAAAUAAAUAGAUUAAAAAUUUACAAAUAUUUAGCUGUGAAUCUAUGCUAUAUUAUAUAACUCUUAAUGAUUACCAUAUUAUUUAACGUGUGCGAUUGGGAAAAUAUAAGCUUCGAUAUUCUUUCUGACUCCCAAUUAUGUGCAUCGCUUUCGAGUGCUGAAAAUUGAUUCGGUAUUUCUUAAUUAUUUUAAAUUAAAGAAAUACGAAAACUGCGGAGGAUAAGAGCACUGAAUAAGAUUCUAAUUUUCAGUCGAAAAUUCCAAAAUAAAAAUGCAAGAAUAGUUAUAAACCGAAAAAUUUCUUGAAACUAUAUUAAUUGCACAAGUCAUUAGUGAUAUUUAAAAUUACUUAUUCUUAUAAAAAUAUUUUGCGACAAAAUUAAAGAAAAUUUCAUUAUUUUCUCGUUAUUUAUCUCAUUAUUAUGAAAGCUUUGAGAAAAUAUCCUGUGAACAAGUAAUUAUAUUUACACUGCACUAUCGAACUAAUUGAAAAAUUUAUUUAAUUAAUGUAAUUAUUUAUUCAAGACAAGAAUGUAAAAUAUCAUUUGAUAGGUUUUCUAUUUAAAGAAUCUGUAAAUACUGCGUAUUGUAUAAAAGUACCAGAAAAGUUUCAGGUUCUGGUAAGCCUGAAGACAAAGGAAAUUUGAAACAAUAAUUUUAAAAAUUUUGAUACUUUAUUUUUGUGAAGUUGAAAGUAUUGGAGUCAUGGAACUUGCAGGCAAGAAGAUUACACUAUUUAAUUAUAAUGUAUUCAAUUACGAUGUUACAAUGACAAAGAUUUAUAUCAAAGUUUGAUCCAAAGCAUAAUCUAUUUAUCACUCAGCUGUGCUGUAAAAUUCUACAAUUAUUUUUUAACAUUCGCUUAAAUGAAUCAUCAAAUACAAGCUCAAGUAAAAGUAUUGCAAGUUUGAAAGAUGUUGAAUGUCCCCCCAUAGUCAAUAAGAAGCAUUAAAAUGUAAUUUUCUUUGAGAACAUAUAAUUGUAAUAUUUUGGUUAAUAUUUUAUAUUGUAAAAGAAAUAUUAGCACUAUUCAUUAUUCUUUGAAUAGAUACAGAUACUUUUAUUACAAUUACGCCGCUCUUUUGAAAAUAAUUGGCAUGAAAGUUUCAAUCAAUCAUAAAAAUUUAUGCUGAUCUAAAAUUUAGGUAAACUAUCUUUUAGCUUUCGAAUAAUUAAUUUCUUUUCUUUCAUUUGAAGUUAUAAUGGAACAAAAUCGACCAUAUAUUACAAGCAAUAAAAAUUGUAAUAUUUUCGAGGUGAUUAAAAAUGAGUCAAUUGGUUUAAGUUUUUUUUUUAAGUAUUCCGGCACACCAUAUCUGCUAGGCGUUCUUCUGUUUCACAUGAAAUUCUUCAAAAUUAAUAGUAAUUAAACGAAACAUUAUCCGAUGAAAAUUAUAUUUAUGCAAUCUAAUGACGCCUUCAAAAACUUUUAAACAUUGCUUCAAAAUAGUUUAUUAAAAAAUUCACUAAGGAAUAUCGUACAUACCAUCGAACUUUGUAGUUUUUUUGGAGAAUCUUAAAUAACUUAGUCGAAGAAACUAAUCACUACACGACCUCAUUUCCAUUUCUAAUCAGUUAAAAAUGAACUUUUUUACUAUGAGUGAAAAUCCAAAAAGAUAAAUCAAUUACAUUAUAUAUCAAAAGAUCUUUCAAUAUCAGAUUUGGUGAAAACCUACAUAAAACACCUAUUUUUGUCGAUGCAUUCCAUUUGAAAUAAAUAACAAUAAUCGUAUCUUAUUACACUUCACCUUCAAAAUAAAAAGUAAGAAAACUGAAAAUAUUUUUGCUUAAUACUCAUAGAAGACAGAAAGAGGUAGAUGUAUUUUUUCAUCGAGAGUUUAAAUAUUCUCUUUGUACACGUAUUGUGACUGACAUCGCAAACUAACAUUAAUACUUUUUUAAACGAAAUUUUAACUUUUAAUAGGUUCUUUUGUAUAUUGAUACGAAAAUUUUGUUCCCUUUGAAUACUUAAAGAAGUUUCUACAAUCUACGAUGUUUUGUAUUGAAAAUACUUAGAUGAGUAUUUGAAGAAAAAUAAUAUACAUUUAGUUUUACAAUAAUUAAUUAGAUUUUUACAUACUAUGGAAAAGAUGAAUGGAUUUGGACCUGAAAAUUUUGAACGAAGUGGUACAUCAAAUCAACUUUUGAUCAAAGUUCUGUUAUUAAAGUUUAUUUAAUCGUUUCGACCCGAAUCAGCGAUACGCUAAAAAAAUUCUCUUUACGUCUUACUUUAAAUCUAAAUUAUUUUGUUUCUUCGAAUGAUUCGUUCCAUGUAAUAUAUACCAUAGUUAUUAAUGAAAUUGGAAUUGAAAAUAAUAAUCCUGUUUCUAAAGAAAUAUAGAUACACAAACAGGAAUAAAGCUGCGAGGUAUCCGUCAGAAGCCAUAAUAAUUGUCAAGUGCAUUGUGAUUGAUGUACUUACACGUAUAAAUAAUAUACAUAUAUUAUAACCUGUGAGAAAACCUGUGAAAAAGAAUCAGGCCUCUUGUUACUGAAAAAAAAUUGUAGAAAGAAAAUAAAGUGUCAGUGUGAAUAAUAAUGUAAUUAUAAUGCUAAUAUUAAGUAAAUAGAAAUAGAAAGUAUUUUAAACUCGAGCAGAAAAGUUCAAUCACUUCGCGUUAUUCAUGAAAGAAAUGUGUUGAAAAUUUUAAAAAGUUUAUUUAUCGCACGAGUAAAUAAAAAUAUUCGUGUCUACAUCCGUAGGUCAUGCGUAUAAACGUGCUUGUAAAUAAUAUAUAGGUUUCGAACAAAGAAGUGACUUGAUAAAAGAUACAAAGUUAUAGAUAUGUUCCUCGCGGCGAAAUGUGUAUAAUUAUAUAAGAAGAGCGACUGAUUUAGAUACUGAAUGACGCUGAGCUGUGUGUAUACCUCUCAGAAACAUAAACGCAAAAUCCAAGAUUCGGCAAAAGGAAAAGUUUCAAAAAUAUUACGAGAAUUCGGAAAGACACAGUAUACAGUUAAAUGAGCUAUUUUUACCAAACUGCGUAAAAUUUCAAUCGAUACAACUGUACUAUAUAAUGAAAAUAUUGAUAAAUGAAGAGCACUUGAGCGGCGAUGAUAAAUUGAGAGAGUUGAAAAAUUUACUUUUUAAGAAAUCGAGAGAGUUUUGUAAAGAGUAGUGAAAUACAUGAGCUAUAUGUCGGUCGGUGAGCAAAACAAGUUAAAUAUUUUCUUCGGACGUGAAGAUUUUUCAAGCUGGUUCUGGUAAAAUUUUCAUAUAAUUAUAAAAAGUAAACGAGAGAAAAGUGAAAAAUGUACCUAGUUUUAACGAUAAAAGUAAACACAAAAAAAUAUUCAAAAAAUUAUAACAGUCGAUCUCCCGAUGAUGUGUAUGGUAGGUUAUAAGUAUUCUGAGCUUAUUAAGUAAGCCAUCAAAAUAUAGAGCAGACAGUACAAAGUUAUGUGUCCUAUAAAAAAAGUAUGAGUCAAGAAUCGGAGUAACAUAGAAUUGCCUUAUAACCAAAGUUAUUUUACAGCAAGUCGAAUAUCUGAAUGGAGUUUAGUAAUUAAUGUUUUUUAAGUAAUACCUUAAAUAUAUAGUGCCCUUGAUUCUGUACCUAAGAUAGUAUUCAAAGAUAAAGAAAAAAAUGCAAAAUUAUAUAUAAUAUAACAUGUAAAGAAUAUCAGAUCUGGUUUAUAUAUAUUUAUUAUAGUUGUGCGAAAAAAAGUAUGCUUUAGAAUCAAAGUGCCAUCGAAUCAAUGAAACAAGUGGGUAAUAUAAGUAUUAUGUACCAUAUGAAAAGUAUAAGUCGAUUUGUCACUGUCGAGCGUAGCUCGGGGCGACGAAAUUGACGCUCGAUCGAAUUCCAACUAUGUAAUAAGGUUGCACGUACUAUUUUUGACACAAAGUGCCGAAUGUUAACUUUUACGUUUGGAAAAUUUACAAGUUGGAGAGUGCAGCUUGUGAAGCAUACAAAAAAAUAUAUAACUUUUGAUCAGUUUUAAAAAAAUCAACUUCGUAUACAUUUUUAUACGAAUAAUUUAUUUAUCUAAUUAUUUAAAUGAAAAAUAUUUGGCUUACGAAAGGAAAAACAUGGAUGUAAUAUAAUUUUGAGGAUUGCGAUGCGAUUCUUUUAAAAAUGUUUAGAAUUGCAUAAUGAGUGAGAUGUUGCUUCAUUUAAUUUGUAUCUAUGAAUGUGCAUGAAUUAUAAGGUAUUAAAAAGCUUUAUUUAAAAUUACAAAAGUAGAUAUAAAAAGAUUUUACAAAAUUAUUCGAUAACAACUGGUCCUGGUUUAUAUUUGUUUUUAAUCUCCCGCAUUGAAGUCUUAAGAUUACAAUAUCGAUUUAUGUAAUAACUGCACGUGACCCUUCCAAAAAAAAAUGAAUCGUUAAUGUAAUAUUCUAUUCAAAAGAUUAUAAAUUGAAUAAAUAUUGUACCGCAAAAAUUUCGUUGAUAAUACUAUACCGACAUUAAAAAAAAUUAGAUACAGAUCUGUGUGUAAUGGAAUAUGUGUGUAAACGUUGUUACGUUGUUUUUGAGGCAAACUCAAAGUUAGUUUGAUAUAUUAUAUCGUACAAAAAAAAGUAAACAGAGUCAAAAUUGAGCGAGGCUGAUCGCAAUUAUACAAAAAAAGAAGCUAAAUUUAUUUUAACGGACGAUUGCUACGAUAAUUUGUGUUGAUUUCAUUUGUAUCCGUUAAACUCUACUUGUAUGUAAUAAUGAUGCGUGUAAGAAUAAUAAAGUGUUGAUAUAUGGUUGACGAUA